UCCCUGGUGUGUGUGUCUGUGACAGUGUCCAACGGGGCCUGGUCCGUGUCCGGACCCCCCAAUUCUUCCGUCCCUGCCCCUAGGCAUUGGCAUCAACUAAAGUCAGAAUUCCUGGGAACUUGAGCAGAGCCUCCCAAUAAUUGCUACUCUGGCCUUCUAGAGAUAACUCCAAAGAAGGCAGGAAAGAAUCCAGCAGUGCUUCCUUAAUCUCAUUCAAAACCUGCCUCUGACCAAGUCUGUAAAUAGGAGACCAGAGUCGGGAACUUCUGGCCUUUCCCAUGGAAACUCAGGCCGAUCAUGCAUCUCAGGAACCUCAGGCCCUGCUUGAGAGUGCUCUUCCUUCUUCAAAAGUUCCUGCAUUUUCCAACAAGGACAGUCUGGGGGAUGAGAUGUUGGCAGCUGCACUCCUAAAGGCCAAGUCCCAAGAGUUGGUGACAUUUGAGGAUGUAGCUGUGUACUUUAUCCGGAAGGAGUGGAAGCGUUUGGAGCCUGCUCAGAGAGAUCUUUAUAGAGAUGUGAUGCUGGAGAAUUAUGGGAAUGUGUUCUCGCUGGAUGGUGAGACCAGAACUGAGCAUGAUCAAGAAAUUUCUGAAGAUACAAGAUCCCAUGGGGUGCUAUUGGGAAGAUUCCAAAAGGAUAUUUCUCAGGGUCUUAAGUUUGAAGAAGCCUAUGAAAAAGAAGUCAGUCUAAAGAGGCAGCUGGGGAACUCCUCUGGAGAAAGACUGAAUAAGAAGAUACAAGAUUUUGGUCAAGUGACAGUUGAGGAAAAGCUAACCCCCAUAGGAGAGAGAAGUGAGAAAUACAGUGAUUUGGGGAACAGCUUCACUGUGAGUUCCAGCCUUAUUUCACAUCAGAGACUUCCUGUGGGAGACAGACCCCAUAAGUGUGAUGAGUGUAGCAAGAGCUUUAAUCGAACUUCAGACCUUAUUCAGCAUCAGAGAAUCCACACUGGGGAAAAGCCCUAUGAAUGUAGUGAAUGUGGGAAGGCCUUCAGCCAGAGCUCACAUCUGAUUCAGCAUCAAAGAAUCCACACUGGAGAGAAACCUUAUGAAUGUAAUGAUUGUGGGAAGACCUUCAGUUGUAGCUCUGCUCUCAUUCUACAUCGAAGGAUCCAUACUGGAGAGAAACCUUAUGAAUGUAAUGAGUGUGGGAAAACCUUUAGCUGGAGCUCCACCCUUACUCAUCAUCAGAGAAUCCACACUGGCGAGAAACCGUAUGCUUGUAAUGAAUGUGGGAAGGCCUUCAGUAGGAGCUCCACCCUCAUUCAUCACCAGAGAAUCCACACUGGAGAGAAGCCCUAUGAAUGUAAUGAGUGUGGGAAGGCUUUCAGCCAGAGCUCACACCUCUAUCAGCACCAGAGAAUCCACACUGGAGAGAAGCCCUAUGAAUGUAUGGAAUGUGGAGGGAAGUUUACCUAUAGUUCAGGCCUUAUUCAGCAUCAAAGAAUCCACACAGGGGAGAAUCCCUAUGAAUGUAGUGAGUGUGGGAAAGCAUUUAGGUAUAGCUCAGCUCUUGUUCGCCAUCAGAGAAUUCACACUGGAGAGAAGCCUUUGAAUGUAAUGGGAAUGAGCAAGAGUUCUCUCAGAGUUACUGAAUUAAACAUCAGAGAGUCUACAUGAAAGAGAGCCACACACCUGUUUUUCUUACUUCCUCUGAGUUUAAGAGCUCCAGCCUUAAUAUAAAAGUAUGAACAAUUUAGGAUGUGUCCCUUUUGAUGCAAACCUUUCACUUUAGAGAAUGGGGUUAAUUGGGCAAAUCAUCCUGGCACAGUGAUUAGCAACCUAGUCAGUUUCCCAGGGAAUGAUACCAGCCUUGAAAAAUGAGGCAAGCAGCAGAUUAAAUGCUGGGAAUAGAGGGAAGCUCUGGGACCAAUCACCUUCCACUAUGGAAGGGAGUUUGCACUAGACAAUAUUUCUCACACCAAGGGAGCCUUUCUUACCAAGGUGGGGAUGAAAGCACAGCAGGAAAAUCAUAAGGAUUCCUCCAGUUGGGAGUCAGUACAGUCAGCACAGAAAGAAGUGGCAAGAAUGUUCUGGGUCCUGUUACUUGCUAAGAAAGGGAAAAGGAAGCUAGCUGUAUUUGGAAGCCACUGUUCCUAAUCCAGCUUUAAGUUUUGAUAAGAAAAUUUGGUGCUGAGGAGUUUAUUUGACUAGGGGUAAGGGGGCAGGGGCAAGAGAGGUUUUCCAUGGUGACUAUUUAUGGCUCUUGGAGCAGCAAAACCAAGUUUCUGAGAGCUGUCUGGCAUCUUUGCGGGAGAACCCCUUGUCAUUCCCUCUUCUGAUAGGACUAAUUGGGAAAUCCAUCUAAUCAGUGAGUCUAACAGGAAGUGGAUCAAAAGCAUUUAGCCUCACCUCUGCUUCCUCUUCCUCUCACCAUUCCUGUGAUAAAAAGUGAUUUAAUCCAAGCCCCUAGUGACAAAGGAUGCUUUUAAGGAGCUCACUCAAGCAGCUUGCCCUGCCCUCUUGUCACCUAUGACCCGUGACACCUGACCCCAGCAGCCAGACUUCUGACCCCACCUCUGACUUCAACAGCAGAGUAUGAAUGCAGACACAGCAAAGCCUAGAGAAGGAAGGCUCUGACCAGAGAGCCUCGCGGUAGGGCUCCCUGCUGGGUUAGGAUGGAGAUCCUGAGUUUUCCCAGCUUGAAGGGAUGACCUUUGAUUAUGUUUUCCCAAUCCUCAUCCUGUAGCAUAAAUGAAGUGCACUAUUAAACAGAAUAGAUUUUCAGAAGAGAGAUUGAGUGUGUUUUUUGCAGGAGCAAAAUUUAGUUUAAACAGGAAACAUUAGUGAUUGUAAAUGGAAUCAUUAAAAAUCUUAAAUUUUUUUUUUUUUUACAACCAACCAUUUCUCUCGGUCACAAACAUGUUACCUCUUUCCUUCAAGACUCCCAUCAUAUUCCUCUAGAUACUGCCCCAGACUAUUCAAUCACUCCGCCUUUAUACCCAAAUGUAGAGUGUUUUGUGCUGCAUAUCAUUCAGUGUGGCAUGAUAGUUAAAACCAACAACUAAAAUAGAUGUUACUGGGUAUGGGGUCCCUGACCAGAGUGUACUUGGAUAUUGACUGGCAAUGGGCAUAUUUAGGUUUCUUAGUUUGACUGUUGGUGAGAGGAUAUUACAGUCACGGAGAAGGCAGAGAUUAAAGU